AUGAGGGAAGAGGUGCUCAAAGAAAUUGUCAAGUUGGUCUCGAUUGGGAUUAUCUACUCCAUCCCGGACAGUAACUGGGUAUGUCCAGUGCACAUGGUGCCGAAGAAAGGAGGAAUCCAAGUCGUGAAAAAUGAAAAGAAUGAAUUGAUUCCGACUAGGGCAGUUAUGGGGUGGAGAAUGUGCAUAGAUUACAGGAAGCUGAACCAAGCUACCAAGAAGGAUCACUUCCCUCUAUCGUUCAUUGAUCAAAUGCUAGAGAAGUUGGCAGGGAAGCAGUAUUUCAGCUUCUUGGAUGGUUAUAGUAGCUAUUUCCAGAUCGCUGUGAAUCCAGAUGACCAAGAGAAAACAACAUUCACCUGCCCCUUUGGCACUUACGCCUAUCGGAGGAUGCCCUUCGGCCUCUCCCUGGGCCAUGUAGUGUCGAGCGGGAAAAUAGAGGUCGUCCCAGCAAAGGUAGCGGUAAUUGCAAAACUGCCGUAUCCCACCAACCAGAAGGAGAUCAGAGCCUUUUUGGGCCACGCUGGGUUUUAUAGAAGAUUUAUCAAAGAUUUCGCGAAGAUAGCCCAGCCCUUGACGAGGCAUCUCCAGAAUGACGUGGAAUUCGAAUUCUCUGAUGCCUGCAAAGAUGCGUUCCAAUUUCUGAAGGACCGGUUGAUAAGCUCUCUGAUAAUACGCGCCCCCGAUUGGAGUCACCCCUUUGAGGUGAUGUGCGAUGCUAGCGAUUAUGUUGUGGGGGCAGUAUUGGGUCAAAAGAUUGAAUUAAAAAGUUAUAUCAUCUUCUACGCGUCAAAGACGUUGAAUCAGGCACAGAUGAACUAUGACGUGACCGAGAAGGAGAUGCUAUCGGUAGUAUUCGCAUUUGAGAAGUUCAGGCCGUAUCUGCUUGGGUCCAAAGUGAUAGUCUAUACUGACCAUGCUGCGAUCAAGUACCUGUUGGCUAAGAAGGAAUCGAAGCCGCGACUGAUUAGAUGGGUCCUCCUUUUACAAGAAUUCGACUGGGAGGCAGUCGACAAGAAGGGAUGCGAGAACAGAGUGGCGGAUCACUUAAGCCGAAUUUUGCAAGAAGAUAACGGUGAAGUCAUUCUAGACGCUUUCCCUGAGGAGCAUCUAUAUCUGAUCAAGUCAACACCUAAACUACAGUGGAUCAACCAAGCAGAGCGGGUUGAUCAAGCCAAUCAAGGAAGCAGGAGACAACACGCGAGGAAAGAGCCAUGGUUAGCAGACAUGGCCAACUACUUGGUGAUGAACGAGUUGCCCAGAAGGGAUGGAAUGGAGGCAUUUGUGGUGGACAACAUUCCACUACUCAUGCCUAACUCUCGCCAGUAA